UGUAACGGGUGUUGUAGUCCGGCCUUCGGGCUGGUCCAGCAACCAACAGGACGGGAUGUCGGAGGUGCGGCUGCCUCCGCUACGCACCCUAGACGACUUUGUUCUGGGGUCAGCGCGUCUGGCAGCACCGGAUCCAUGCGACCCGCAGCGAUGGUGCCACCGCGUCAUCAACAACCUUCUCUACUACCAAACCAACUACCUUCUCUGCUUUGGCUUCGGUCUCGCUCUAGCCGGGUAUGUGCGUCCGAUGCACACCCUUCUGAGUGCGCUGGCAGUGGUGGUGGCCCUUGCCAUGCUGGUGUGGGCGGCUGAGACCCACGCAGCAGUGAGACGCUGCCGCCGCAAUCACCCUGCCGCCUGCCUAGCUGCAGUGCUUGCCAUUGGCCUCCUCAUUCUCUGGGUCGCGGGCAGCGCGUGCACCUUCCUGUUCAGCAUCGCCGGGCCCGUGCUUCUGAUUCUGGUGCACGCCUCCAUUCGCCUUCGAAACCUUAAAAACAAGAUUGAGAACAAAAUGGAGAGCAUUGGUCUCAAGCGGACACCAAUGGGGCUGUUACUAGAGGCGCUGGGACAAGAACAGGAGGCUGGAUCCUAAGGGCCUGGGACCUGCACCCAGGACCUGAAGAACACCCCACCCGCACCCAACCCAUAUCCAGGACCCAGAGCCCUUUUCCAGCCUUUACAAUAGCAGUCAAGAGCACCCUGGCCAGUCAAAAAGAUUGGCCAUCAGUGAUUUCCACCCCAGUUUAAAAUUAGGGUAUCAUUCAUUCCCAACCCCCCUCUCCUUAUCUAAGUACUAGUCUUCCACAGCCCUGAACUUGGGACCCACAGCCACUCCAGCCUCAGGCUUGGGCUCAGUACUAAAGCAUCUAUGGCCAGUCUCAAACCAUGGGCCCAGAGGUAUUUAAAUUCUGGGACUCAUUUGUCUUCCAUGUUCAGCACCAAAGCUGGGGCUUGGGGCAAACCAUUCUCACAUCUUGAACCUUGGACCAAGGCUUUCCCAAACUCCACCCCAGCUUCAAAUCUAGGUUAUGGCAUUGCCAAAUCUAGACCCCCCAGCUAAGUCCUCCCUCAGGUAUCCUGACCCUGUUGAACCAGGUGACCCCAACCUUCACCAGUUCCAGUUGCCUUCAGCUGUUGAAGAGGUUUUACUCCUCCUCUAAUGUUCCAGAGUGUCAAAGACCAAGGGGUGGAGGGUGGGGUAGCCCCAAAUGGAAAAGGGGUGGUUAUAUCAGUGUUACUCCAACAAUAAAGCCGUUGCAUCUCUCGA